UAUCUCGUCUUGCUGGAGCGACUUCAAAACGAGGUUAUAAACUUGAAAGAGCUAGUUUACACAAUACAUUGAUCAUUAACAUCGUUUGGACCCCCUGUCAGCAUGUCCCAGUGGAGACAGUGACCACUACCUGUGCCGUGUGAGAAAACAUCUGUCUCUGUCUGACCUCCUAAGGUACCUCAUGUGCAUCAUCUUCUUCAAGUUCGACCCCCGUCCUGCAUCCAAAAAUGCAUACAGGCUUAUUUUGGCUGCCAACAGAGAUGAGCUGUACAACAGGCCAUCGAAGUGUGCUGACUUCUGGGGCAAUGGCAACGAGAUCCUCAGCGGGCUUGACCUUGAGGAGGGUAAAGAAGGCGGCUCAUGGCUGGGAAUCAGCAAGAGGGGCAAAUUGGCUGCAUUGACCAACUACCUGGAUGCAAAGCCCAGUGCAGAUGCACAGGGCAGAGGUUUUUUGGUGUCGAACUUCUUGACCGAUAACGUGGACAGCUACUCCUAUUUGAAGAAGGUGUCCACCGAGGGCCAUCUCUAUAAUGGCUUCAACCUGAUCACUGCAGAGUUCAAGUCCAAAGGAGACACAGUGUGUUACUAUGGAAACAAAGGGAAUGCAGAGCCUGUCAUCUUGAAACCAGGAAUCUACGGACUGAGCAACUCCCUCCUGGAGACACCAUGGAAGAAACUGCAGCAUGGAAAGAGUCUCUUCAGCAGCGUGGUAAGCCGGGAGCUGUCAUCUGAGGGUUUGGUGCAAGAACUGCUGCACAUCCUCAACAACGAGGAGCUUCAGGCUCCAGACCUGGCCCAGGAGAGCCAAGGGGAGGGGUACAGCAGGGCAAUGCUGCGGGCACUCUCUGCUCUAUGUGUCCGAAGUCCAGGAUACGGCACCAGGACAAAUACAGUUAUUCUCAUUGACGCAGCAGGGAACGUGACCUUCACAGAGCGAACGAUGGUCAACUGUGACAUCAACCAAUGGAAAACCAGGUCUUUCCACUUCAAGCUGCUGGAAUGAUGGCAGAAGGAACAUUGGGGAACACCCUGUGUGCCUUUCUGCAGCCCUGCCUGUCCUGUCGCUUCAGCUUUUCAUCACCAUAUUUCACUCUGUAAAAACUUUUUUGUAUUACCCAAGAUGGUAUUGUUGGGAAAAGAUUUUACAGGAGGUUUUUUGAAAAUGUUAAAUGUUUUUGAGAAAUAAUUAUUCUUCACAUUCUAUCUUACCAGUCUUUGACUUUGAAGUCAUGCUUUCUUUUCAUGAAACUUAUAAAAAUUAAGUCCAUUCUGGUCAAUGUAGGAGAUUUUUUAAUCUGAAAAUAUUACCUUGGGAUGAUGGAAUUCACCUAAUAAUUUAAAUGUAAAAAUAAAAGUGGUGAAAUGUUUUAGAAGUGCUCAGUGUUGACCGUUCUUUGGCACUCACAAAAAAUAAAUACGUGUCUGAGAUGGAGGUCUAGCACAGGGAAAAGACUUAUCUCAAUUUUGCUGUAGAGGUAAGAGGAUUAUGUUAAGUGCUGACCAGCUCCCUUCUCAUUAUGUUCAGUUUCUUUGGGUAGAAAGAGACCAAAGUAUCCAGUUGGCUCAGGGAGUGUUUUGCAGCACUGUGCUCUCUCACACUGUUCUGCAAACCGCUCUCAGAGACAAGAUGCUGCUGCUGUUUUGACAGUUUUCUCUGCUGGAGAUGGCAGGAGAAAUUGACAGCUUCCGUCACACACAGAUUAUGUAAUACCCUGUCUUCUAAAUAUUGUUCUCUGAAAUAAUGUUUUCUUGCAUCGUUAGUAAAAGAUGAUUCCCAUUUAGAAACCAGCAUUUUCUUCCUUUAACUCUGCUUAAUGUCGUGAAUAGCCUGCCUGUCCUGUCUCUAAUGUGAUUCCCAUCGGCUGUUUUCAUUGUCCUUCCUUCCCUCUAACUACAGCUUUUUAAUUUGUGCAUUAAUUGUCCACCUCUGUUUUUGACUCAAAAUAAUACUUAAAAUUUGGACUACAUACAUCCUCAAACCAGAGGGUACAUUGCAGUCAUAUUUAACUUUGCCAUGCCUUAGGGCCUUUCUCCAAGAGUCUGACGGCUCCCUUACUUGAGAUGUUGUCUUAAAAUGGUCUGUUAUCCUUCCCUAAACCAAUUUAGGAACUUUCCAUUAAGAGUAUUCAAAUAUGAUGAUAAAGGUUUGCUGAAAGGAGCUAAGUAAAUAUUCAGUGUAUUCAUGCUUUGACCCACUCUUAGGCCCCUGUACUGUACUGGUUCAUGAGGAGGUAUUUCAGACUGGCCAAUUAUCUGAGCAUAAAUGACAAGUAAAGACCACACUCACAAUAUCGAUGCUGUAUCUGUUAUUCAUUAACACUUCUGAACCUCUGUGAAUGUGGCUCAUCUCCACUGCAUGUGCUCAGCUCACAUGUGAUGUCAAGACACGUGCAAGCAAAAGGGAUGAUGCAUGGCGCAGCCUCAUCUUCGAUCCCUUCUCCAUCAUUCACACCAUUAUUCUUGCGGAAGCUGGCCGAGCAGCGGGCAUUUGUGAUGAAUUUUAAUACCCCAGCUAAGGGACAGCAUGGACACUGACUCCUGUCCGUGCUUUCAGAAGGACUGGCAUCUUCUGCCCGCCAUCUCUCCAAUUCCACUUUCAUGUUCUACAUGUGUUUGCCUGAAACUUGUCGCCUCCUUGGGUGAAAAGGUUUAAUAUUCAUGUUAUGGGCUUGGGUACAGCUUCAACACAGUGACCGAGUUGAAAUAUUUCAUGUUCGUUCUGCUUUGCCCACAAAGCCACUGUUUUCAAAGUUACUGUUUUCAGAGUGUCUUGAAUUGACAAAAUAACCUUCUGUUUGACAUCACUGUCUGAAUACAAAGAUGAAUAAACUGAACCCCUUUAAA